AUGACGUGCAAGUUGGUGGAGGAUCUGGUAGAUGACCUUCUUAGUGCCUGCCAAAGAUUUUCCGGGAGUAACUUCAAGCCAUGGCUCCAGCCAACCGUUGGGAUGGGCUGUGUCUACAAAGGUGGGAGUGCCUGGGGGGACAAAGUCCUCCACCACCUGCUUGUGCCCCUGUAGCCUCCUACUGGACAUGCCUUCUGCUUGGAGCUGGACACUGCACAGGAGAUGCUGACCAACAACUCCUGCCUCCAUGUACAGCUACAGUGCAUGUGCAUGAGGGAGCAGCUGGUGGAGGACAUACCAUUCUUCCUCCACCACCAGAAUGAUGAGCUGAAAAGUCAAGACCCCGGUCUCCUCAACACCUUUUGCGCCAACUCUUACUUAGACAUCUGAAAACCUGCCUUCUGGUUCCAGAUAUUGGUGAAAGACACCUGGAAGGUUAUGCCUCAGUCACAGUCAAACCACUGCUGGACAGUGUUGCCUACAACAUGCUCCUGCAAGCUCAGGCUAAUGAACACCUCCCAGGAAACCCUGUCCAUUGAGAUGACUUUUGGGGUGAAGCUAGAUGACCCAGACUUCUUCCUGAGCCUUGAAAAGGCAGAGGCCAGUUUUGCCACUAGCACAGUGUGA